GAACAAUGAAUUUUUUAUAAUUGGAACAUAUUACUUUCAUAUUAAUCAAUACUACCAGGGAAGCAAAACAAACGAAAUGGCACUAGAAUCAACUGUCCAAUUGCAACAAAAUGACAGGGAAAAGACACCAGAAAAGCCCGUAGAUAGGGAAAAGACAUGCCCACUGCUGUUGAGAGUGUUUUAUAACACUGGAAGGCACAGUCCACUGAAUGAGUACACAAGGGGGAAUGUUCCAUCAAAUGAACUUCAAAUAUACACAUGGUUGGAUGCUACACUGAAGGAACUGACAAGUUUGGUGAAAGAAGUGAACCCAGAUGCACGCAGAAAGGGAACAUUCUUCGAUUUCUCUAUUGUGUAUCCAGACUCCAGAUCUCCAACCUACAGAAUGCGUGAAAUUGGCACAACUUGCUCUGGACAUAGAGGAGCUGAUGAUACAGUUAGUUUAGCGUCAAAGAAAUUUGUGAUUGGAGAUUACAUAGACAUUGCAAUUACACCACCGCGAGGACCAAUGCGCCCUGGAAAUAUGGGGAGAAGACCAAGACCGUAUUAAUCCAUUGCUUUCAUCAUCCAUUUCUAUACAUUUUACAUUAUAUCUUGUCAAAUUGAUCAUUAUUUAAAAUUUGAAUAUGAAAAGAAGAUUAAAAUUGAGCCGCGCCAUGAGAAAACCAACAUAGUGGGUAUGCGACCAGCAAGGAUCCAGACCAGCCUGCGCAUCCGCGCAGUCUGGUCAGGAUCCAUGCUGUUCGCUUUCAAAGCCUAUUACAGUUAGAGAACCCGUUAGCGAACAGCAUGGAUCCUGACCAGACUGCGCGGAUGCGCAGGCUGGUCUGGAUCCAUGCUGGUCGCACACCCACUAUGUUGGUUUUCCCAUGGCACGGCUCAAUUUAUAAAUUUGUGUCUUACUCUAACUGCAUUGGUUGGAUCAAAUCAAGUUUUGACAAGUCAGAGACUUUUAGAUUGAAAAUAAGAAUAAAUUUUAGUUGUAAGAAGUAUGUGAAUAUUUUGUCCAUAAACUACAUUUGUAUAGCAGAAACAGAUCAGAUGUUUUAAACACCACUGGAGAUAUUUUAAUGAACAUGUACAAUGUACUUGUUUAAGGAAGCAGUACAAUGCAAGUAUAGGCAGUAUAAAAACUGACUAUUUUAGUCAUUUGGCUUGCAUCAUGAUAUUGCAAAACUGGUUAUCUACUCCAGUUAUUUACAGUUACAGUAGUAUCUUGCUGUACACUGUGUACAAUUUGCACUGCAUCACUUCUUAAUUAUGUCUGAGUAGACCAGUUACUGGGGUUUCAUAUUCAUUGGGGGGAAACAACCCAAGCUCAUUGCAAUAUAAUUCUUCAUAUCAGAAAUCGUGUACAGAUUGUGUUGUAUGCAUUAAGUGAGAGAAGAGAUUGGCUCAUUUUGGAAAAUUUUAAUUUUUAUCAAAUACUGAUGUUCAACAUUUCAGAAGAUGUAUAUGAGAAAUAAAUUGAAAAAGCAAAUGUA